GACAACACCACAACUCUCGCCCUUAGCAGACGAACGACUUUUGAGACCCAGGUCUUCAGUGUACCUUUAGAAAAAAAUUAGACCCAUUUCCCCCCAUCGAUAACUCAAAUUUUACUUCCGGCUGCCCAGUAACAUGCCUCUGGGAGCAAGUGAGUCUCCAGAUCAUGUGGAGGAUGCAAGUCCGGGUCCUGUAUUUUUAGAGGAAGCCAAAAAGCUUUUCCCAAGCGGACCCCGUGCGAUCAGCGCGCUUCGUCGAAUCGGCCAACCUAGGUCCGCCAUUCUGCAGUCUACGAAUCCGAGCAGAGAAGUACGAACGUUCCUCCAGAUCCUCGGAUCUCUAGGGAUGGACAUACCACAGACGACUGAAACUCUGAUCAAAGAAAACUGGACUUCCUUCCUUGCCCCUUGGACUUUCUUUGUUCUCGAAGAGCUGGUCCUCUCCGAUAGAGAUCCCCAAACACCAGCUGCAUGGGUUACUUACAAUGCAGCUCUCUGGAUAAUUCCAUCCUUUAUUCGUUUACUACGAUCCAAAGAGAUUAUCCUUCGAACAUUGAGGGACUUAACACCUCACCUGUCCACCGUGUUUGCUCGAGUCUGGCUCAAAACAGUCGAUCAACACCAUCUCACCUGGGGAGCUUGGUCUGCUGUAGUAGCGGAUAUUUAUCUCGACGAUAUUGCCGCCAAAGUCAGUGCAUGCGAUAUGAGGCUUACCGAAAUUCUAUAUAGAGCGGGCACCAUAUCGCUUCGUCACAUUCACCGGGAGAUACCACGCGUCCCGACCAUGACUAGUCAAGGAAUAAGCGAUCUCAACGCUUUCCUUGCCGUUCUCAAUCCCUAUGGAGGACCAGGGCCUCUUUUUCACGUGGAACGCUCAGAAGCUACCCUCGAGGCACUCAUCCGCCUUCUGUUUGCCCUUUUAUGCAAGCGAAAAAAAUCGCAAGAUGCCGAAAGCUCUUCUAUCGGUUACGAGUUAACGUCAGCGAAGAUCCUAUUUGAACACAUCGACUAUAUAAUGGACGGAAAUAUUCGGGUGUCCCAAGCCCUUGAAGGUGGCUUGGUCGUUGCCCUAGUCAAAGCCUGCCCUUACUAUUUCUCUCCCAACGAGUCUGCUCCUGCAGACCAACGGUUCGACGUCCAGGCAUCCCAGUUUUUAGAGCGAAUAGCUCAGUUUUUGGUCUUCCCUUCCGUCUUACACCAAUUCCUCCGGUCGGUCAAAGCAGUUACGAAAUCUGAGAAACACGAGAAUAAAUUGCAGGAAUAUUCCACGCUCAUGUGGAAUGUUUGGGACCGAACGAAGCGCAAGGCGUUAUACUUGCGUGCAAUACGCAGCGAUCUCAAAUCAGUUGGGCGUUUCUGGAGAUGCAACAAUGACCUGUGCGACGGAACUAAUACCCACUAUGGGGCACCGUUCCUUCAGUGUUCGGGUUGUUUAGAGACAUUCUACUGUUCGAGGACCUGUCGCAAGAUCGAGUGGCGCGCUGGCCACCGAGAACAAUGUGCAGCGAUUCGUAAACUUCGUGAAGUGGGAGCACCCAACGCCACCGAAACAGACGAACAGUUUUUCGUUGGUAUCACGAAACGUUUCAUCUCCACUAACCGUCACCCAAUCGACGCUGCAAUCAAACUCUACGCAGCAGCUGUUGCAUCGUCGCAGCGGGCAGGUCAGACUCUUUCCAAAGAAAAACUCCUCAUUGCCCAUGGGUUGAGGAAUCCUAUCCUAGUUAUCGACUACGUCAAAGCAAAACCCGCACAGAUGAGUGAUUGUGCGAUGGUGGAUUCUGAAGAGCUCCUUGAAAAGUUUGAGAAGCGAGUGGGUCCUUCGCGAAUGCUUCAUAUCGUUGAAAACUUUCGGCAGAAGAACUUGACCAUCGUGACCUUGUUUGUGGUUAUCUUGCUACCUAUGAAGAAAGGGGAAGCAGCAGGGUUAGCAUACGAGUUUGUUCGGCAACAUUAGUUUUUUUUUUCGGACUACUUUAUCGUCAGGACGGCCAGUUCUCUAUGGUUUCUGUAGCGCUGAACCACACGCCUCC